CUUCAUCAUUUCUUCACUUCCCUCUCCUAUUGCUACACCACUUCUUUUACUAUUAUUCUUUUUUUCUUUAUCGCUCUCUCUCUCUCUCACUCACGCACACACAUAUCCUACAGCUAGAUUCUUGUAUUACCAUGUCACCUGCAAUGAGCACAGCAAUCGAAGCCAACAAGGAAGGUGACCAACCAGAAAGCCAGUACCAGAAAGGAGUGAAACACCUAUGGGACAGUGGCAUCACCAGGGUUCCCAACAAGUACAUAUUGCCAGCCUCGGACAGACCUGGGUUAACCAGAGAUGACAAUCAAAGUGGCAACCCUAAUCUCAAGUUACCCGUCAUUGAUUUUGCUCACCUGCAAGGCUCAAACAGAUCCCAUGCUGUCAAUACCCUUGCCAAAGCUUGCGAGGAGUAUGGAUUUUUUCAGUUGACAAACCAUGGUAUCCCAAGCGAAGUUAUCCUCAACAUGGUUGAAGGGAGUAAAAGAUUUUUCGAGCUCCCUUUCGAGGAGAGAUCCAAGUACAUGUCGACUGAUAUGUAUGCCCCAGUUAGGUAUGGAACAAGUUUUAACCAGAACAAGGAUCGAGUGUUCUGCUGGAGAGAUUUUUUGAAGCUAAGCUGCCAGCCCCUCUCAGGUGUUCUUCCAUUUUGGCCCUCUUCGCCUGUGGACUUCAGGCAAAGCGCUGUUGAUUACUCCAAGCAAGCCAAAUUCUUGUACCUAGCUCUCACGGAGGCCAUCCUAGAGAGCCUAGGAUUGGUGGAAGCCACCACAAGGAACAACGAAUAUGAUAGUUUAAAAGAAUUCCAAGAUGGAAGCCAACUCAUUGUGGUCAAUUGCUACCCUUCCUGCCCUGAACCUGACCUAACCCUCGGCAUGCCACCACAUUCAGACUAUGGCUUCCUCACACUUCUUCUCCAAGAUGAAGUCAAGGGCCUCCAGAUACAGCAUGAUGGAAGAUGGGUAACAGUCGAACCAAUCCCUAACUCAUUCGUAGUUAAUGUCGGCGACCAUCUAGAGAUAUUUAGCAAUGGAAGAUACAAGAGUGUGCUUCAUAGGGUUUUGGUUAAUCCUCUCAACUCCCGAAUCUCCAUUGCUUCCCUGCACAGUCUUCCCUUCAACAAGACGGUCCAGCCAUCGCCAAAACUCAUCGAUGAAACCAAUCCGAGGCGUUACAAGGACACAAACUUCGCCAGUUUCCUGGACUACAUUUCCUCCUGUGAACCCAAGAGCAAGAAUUUCCUGGAAUCCAGGAAAUUGACUUAAGAGGCAUGUAAACAAUGCAUUAAUCCACUAAAAAAAGGAUAAUUAAGCAUGCAUUUUGACUUUUUGAACAAAUUAAACAGUAAUGAAUUGAUUGCAUGGUAGAAAAGCUUGCA